AUGGCCGAAACUACGCGCGAGGUCGAAACGACCGCUUCGCCUCAGCGACACCGUGUUGGGGAGCACUGGAGUGGUGCGAAUCCCGUCCCAACUGUGCAAAAGUUCAUUGAGAAUCUCGAUCACGAGAAGAAAGAGCGUGAUCGUAGAAUUGAUGAAGAGAACCGACUCAAGCUCGAGCAGGCUCGACGGCGGCAAUGGGAGGAUACACGUGGGAAACAGCAUGCUGGGGACCAGGGAGAUGUCUAUACUCAUAAAGCCCGCGAGGUAUCCAAGGCCAAAACACGCACAGUGACCGAUCCGACUACUGGUAAAGAGAUUGGAGUGGAGGAUCAAGACGAGACUUCCAUGGAAGCUGUUAAGAACCCAAUGUUGACGGUCCCCAAUGCUAAUCUUGGACAACCUACCGAUGUACAAACUAGCCACGACCAAGACUUGCCCGAGUACAAAGAAGCACAAGAUAUUACCGCACCUCCCGAUCCCAUCGCCGAAGGAACUACGUCUGACGUCCCCAUUCGUGGCGAGAAGACCAAUGUACUCUUCCAUCCGACGCCCACAAUCACCUUCGAACCCAUGUUCAAACAACUAGAAUCUCGUGCUACAGCGCUAUGCAUCGGUAUUCCACUUGCGAUUAUUAUACUUGGUCGAUUCUUCGGUGGUUCGCUCUGGGGUCUAAUUCCACUGGCUCUGUGUAUCGCUUGUGGAAUAUGGUUAUGGGUACAAGAGGUUAUUCGAAGUGGCCGGGAAAUGGAAUGGAGCAGUGAGCAAGUUCGAGGUCAGACGGCCACCGCAAACCUACUUCCUGAGUCUGUCGAGUGGAUGAAUUCAUUUUUGGGUGUAGUCUGGGGUUUGAUGAACCCUGAAAUGCUCACACCAAUGGCCGACACAAUCGAGGACAUCAUGCAAGCCUCCGCUCCAAGCGUGGUUGAGAAUGUCCGUAUCGCAGAAAUCGACCAGGGUAAUAAUCCAUUUCGUAUACUCAGUAUGCGUGCUCUCCCAGAUGGCCAUGUCCAAAAUCUCAAAGACAAUAUCCACGAGGAGAAUUUGAAGAAUAAGGAUCCCCAGGAAGCUGCUGCCACGGAAGAAGGAGGUAGCUACUACAAUCUGGAGGCAUCGUUCGCUUAUCACGCCAAACCGAGCGCUGGAACUGCUUCAUCCAAGGCGCGCAACAUGCACAUGCAUCUGGUGUUUUACUUGGGUAUCCGCGGUCUAUUCGGUGUUCCGUUCCCCGUCUUUGUUGAACUCACCGAGUUAGUUGGUACAGUGAGAAUACGUCUUCAGAUGAUGCCGGAACCUCCAUUUGCGAAGGACCUUACCUUUAGCUUGGUCGGUAUCCCGCAUGUCAAGGCUAGCUGUGUGCCGAUGCUUCGCCGAGGUGUCAACAUUCUCAACCUGCCACUGAUCUCCAACUUCGUCAAUUCCGCUAUCGGUGCCGCAUGUGCCAUGUUUGCGGCGCCCAAGUCCAUGACUAUGGAUCUGAGCAUGAUGCUUAAGGGUGACGAUAUUCACAAAGAUACACUUGCAUUGGGUGUGAUGUGGAUUCGUAUUCACCGAGCUGUUGGUCUAAGCAAGCAGGAUCGUCGUGGUAGUGAAGGAGGUGGCAGUGAUCCAUACAUUAAUCUUUCAUUCUCGAAGUAUGGCAAGCCGAUGUAUUGCACUCGAGUAAUUACAGAUGACCUGAAUCCCAUCUGGGAGGAAACCGCCGCGCUACUUGUCACGCCUGAGCUGAUCAAGGCUGAUGAGAACUUGAGUAUUGAGCUCUGGGACUCAGACCGGAAUACAGCCGAUGAUAUUGUCGGCAAGGUCGAACUGCCGAUUCGUGAAAUGCUUCAGCAUCCAGGCCGUAUGUUCCCACAAGUAUCUAAAUUGCAAGGCCUUGACGAGGGCAGUGAGAUGCCUGGUCAAUUGCAUUGGGAAGUCGGAUACUUCGGUAAACCAAAGCUGAGACCUGAGCUGCGGACUGAUGGUAAGAAGAAGGAUCUUCCUGAGAAUCUUAAAGGAGAUCCUACAUUCGAGGAUGAUAAGGGUAUUAUUAAUAAUGAAGAGGAGGAUGCUGUUGUGCAUACACCUCCCGAUCCCAUCUGGCCCAGCGGUAUUGUUCAUGUUGUCGUGCAUCAAAUCGUCAAUCUGCAGCUUGCAAAUAUCAAGGGCAGUGAUGGAAAUCGCAAGGGCAAGGAGUAUGAGUCCGCAAAGCCUUUUGGCGAGAAUACAGAGGAACAGGGUGGUGAUUUACCCACAAGCUACUGCAAGAUCAUGCUAAACGAUCAACUAAUCUACCGCACCCGCCCCAAGGCCGUGAGCUCCAAACCAAUCUUCAAUGCCGGAACGGAGCGCUUCGUCCGCGACUGGCGCUCCUCCAUUGUCACCAUCACCGUCCGGGACUCUCGCUACAGAGAACACGACCCAAUUCUCGGUGUCGUCCCAAUCAAACUCUCCGACAUCUUCCAAACCAGCUCCCAAGUAACACGCUGGUACCCACUAGACGGCGGUAUUGGCUUCGGUCGUAUCCGUAUCUCACUACUCUUCCGACACGUCGAGACGAAGCUCCCACCAAAAAUGCUAGGCUGGGACGUGGGGACCUUCGAGUUCGCCGGCGAGAAGAUCGUUGCAAAGGAUUUCGGACGUAUCGCCAAGAUCAAGAUGCGCACUGGCGGUAGUACAGGCAAGAUCCCACGACCUAGCGGAAAUCUAGAUGGUAGCGACGUGGUCUACGAGACAUCUGAUGAGACUUUCCGUGACUCUCUCCGCAUGCCAGUAAAGCACCGAUACAGAUCCCCCAUUGUCUUUGAAUUCCAUACUCAGGGUAAGCGUGGCUCGGCCGCGUACGCUAUUCUCUGGUUACAGCAUCUAGUUGAUAACGAAGAUACGGAUAUCGAUAUCCCGAUCUGGUCAACGAAGAGUGGUGCUCGUCUUACGCAGAACUAUAUUACAGAGGAGAACUGGCGCGCGAAAGAAGUACCAGGAUUAGAGGAUCUGAAAACAGUGGGUAGACUACAGUUCCGGUGUAAAUUCUCACCAGGAAUCGACGAGUCGCAUGAACAAUUCGUCAUUGAUAACGAUUCUCGCGAGACGUUCGAAACAUGGGAAGCGUGUGUUUCUCAAGGUGUACGCUCACGCAGCGUCUCCGUUGAAGUUCCUGAAGAAGUUCAGGAGAAGCAUGAACAGAGUCUAAUCGACUCGCGCGAUGUGCUGAAACAUGCUGAGCCGGCGGAGCGUCGACGCUGGCUUGAUCGUGAAGGCCAUGAUUGGAGUGGUGCGUUUGGGCAUGAUCCACGAGCAUAUACGGAUUCCAUGGGGAGAAAGGUUGCUGAACCGGGUCAAGAUGAGCCGAAACAUGAUCCUAUUACACCGCCGCCGUUGAAGGGGCAACCUUCUGUGCAUCGGAAUACCCUGGAAGAAGAUGAGAAUAUGAGUGAGGACUCGAUGGAUGAUGAGGAUAGUUCUCAGGUUCUUUCUAAGGGUCCUUCUACUGUUAGUGAGAGCGGGGCGACAGCGUCCUCGUCUAAGGGGAGUCUCGAUCAGUCAAAUAAGGCCAAUCGGAGGAGUGAGCAGCGACAGCAGCGUGGAAUGAUGCAGUGGCGUCCGGCGCGGAAUGCUCUUUUCGCAAAGGAUGAGGCUAAGUUUGCGCUACGCAAGAUGAAGAAGAAGAUUGGUGUUGGUGGGCUUACGGGCCGUGAGCCAGAUGUUGAGACGGAGACUUGA